AUUCGUAAACAAGUUGCGGCAUAGCUUGACCUCUGUCCGCAGUCAUGAUAUAAUAUUUAACCUAGCAGUUAAGCGUUAAUAAAUUAAAGGAUAUUAAGAACACAUUUAUGUGCUAGUGUCUGCUGCAAAUAAAUCACACACUAACGUUUAACGAAGUUUUUUUUCGUACAGUACGUGAGGUGAACUUCUACAUUUUUCACUCUGUAUGCAUAAUGAAACAGGUAAAUUGCGAUUAACCUGUGACUGACUGUGCAUACUUGUGAGGCGAUUAAAGGCUGUGUCUUUUUUGUAUCAAAAGGAUAUGUUAAUGUCAAGUGUGGACUUUUUAUUGCAUAUUGAUCAAUAAACAUUGAGACAUAUGGAACUGAUGCUAAGAAACAAUAGUACAAUAUUUGUAAUAGCGUCACGUGAUCAAAUUCUAUUGAAAACGAAAUAUAGGAAUUUUCUCUGCAAUUUCAAUUUAAUAUCAAAAUGGAAAAUAAAGCAUUAGAGACGGAUAAUCAAACAAUUUCAGCAUUGUCGUCUGCUGCAGACAAAGAACGCCCCGUGCCUAAUUCUAAUACAGCAGACGAUGAUAUCGAUUUACCAGUUUCGGUAGCAGACAAGAAAGAUAACUCGAGCGAAAAUGAAACGGUUACAUAUAUCAACCGAUCGUUUGAUGAGACGAGCGACUCUGAAGAUGUCCAGAAAAACCGCAACAAAAAUCAGGUACAAGAAGACGUGGAUUUUAUCAAAAGUGAUCUCACCGAGUUACAAGACGUAGAAUUACAAGAAGAAGAAUAUAACGGUGCUUUACCAGACCCGAUUGAUCUAGUUCUACAGGAAAUAGGCGAACAGUCUGACGAUGGUGCCGGUGAGAGACGCGAUUCAAAGAAACUCCAGUUCUCCGACGAUGCCAGAAGAAAAGAUAAGAACGAAAAGGCAGACGAAGAAUCGUGCAGUAAUCCUAUUUUUAGAUAUAAAGUUUGGGACACCAUUUUUCUGUUCUGGAACACAGCAACAAUGGGUUGGGUGUAUGGACAAAUGGGCCCGGCUCUGCCAGAUCUCCAGCUAAUAGCAGGGGUACCGCUCCAACAGGCCACGUGGCUUUUUACAGGAUUCGCCAUUGGCUAUCUCGGAGGCUGUUUGUUAGCGGGAUUUAUUCAAGACCGAUUCAAUCCUCGAUUGAUGUUAUUUUUGUACACAUUUGGUACGGCAAUCACCAUCGGUUUGUUACCAUGGAUACCAAUAUUUAUUGUCAUGGUGGUAAUAAGAGUCGUCAACGGAAUCUGUAUCGGAGGCCAAGACACGGGUAUCCACUCGAUGUUGUUUGCACUCUGGGCACGCGAUGGAGGACCCUUUAUCCAGAUGACGCACGUGCUGACAGCUCUUGGUGGAAUCAUUUCGCCCCUGAUAACACAACCUUUCGUUAGAGAGCCUAUAGACGUGCAAUCACCAAGAAGUUUAUCGUACGAGACGACAAAUACAACUCUGUCGACAGUUUCUGAUAACACAACUGUUACCUCUGUAAAUUCUACCGUGCCUAGCCUGAGCACCGGUGGCGUCACAUACUCGGAUGUUAUCGAAGAAGACACGAACGUACAGUAUGCGUUUCUGAUAACAGGAAUUCUGGUUUUCUCUGCAGCAGUUCCCUUCCUCGUCGCCGUUCUCCAAAAACGUGCUGUUAAAAAGACCACUCGUCAAUACAGCAAUGAAAGUAUUGAUAAAAACAAGCUCCCGAAAAUGGUAAAACAAAUAACUUUAGUUAUAUUGUUCGUAAAUUCAUUCGUUGCGACCGCUUAUAUAGAUCUGUUUCCCAGCUUCUUAACCACGUUUGUUAUGGGUCAGAUGAAUUGGACUCAGAAAGACGCAUCCUCUCUAACCUCUCUCUAUUUCGGGUUAUAUGCUUUGGGUAAUUUCAUUGGCGUCUUCAUUUUAGCAUAUAUUACGCCAACAAAACUGAUUGUUACGUCAUACAUUACGUCCGGAAUAUCGAUACUUGGGGUUUUACUGAGCGUUUUGUUUGAGCAGACGGAAUUGGUUUGGGUUACUGUGGCACUUAGCGGUAUCACGAUGUCUGGAAUAUUGCCAACACUCUUCACGUGGACACAGGAACAUGUGACACCAAUUACAGCGAGAAUAGCUUCCGGUCUCCUCAUUUCCGGUUCCGCAGGAGUAAUGGUAAAUCCAUUGUUGCUUGGAUACAUGAUGGAAGUGUUUUCACCAAUGUGGUUCAUAUAUCUGUCUUUGGGAGAGACCGUUGUUUGUGCGCUUCUAUUUGCAACAGCCUUUACCCUGUCUAGGUUAUAUUCUGCCCAAAGGAUCAAAAAGCACGAAACAUCGGCUCUCAAAGACACAAAGCCCGAAGAUACGGAGGAAAUACAGGAAAAAACUAAAAUAUAUCCGCGAGGAACUCUGUAUGGCGUCUAGUAAGGCGAACUCGUAGAUCAUACUCGACAUAAAGCAUUCUUAAAGCAAAUUAUUGUAUCUAGGUACCUAUAGCCUUUUGUUUGGUAUUAUUACCAUAUCUAUACUGUAUUUAUCACGCGAUAAAUAUAAAAAAGACGUACUGAAUCGUACAUGGACGGAGCAAGAAAAGCCUAUUGACCUUCAGCAGUGAUGUCAUAUCAGUGUGACGUCAUAACAGUGAAACCGAACACCAGAAACAAUGGAAAAAAUAUCCAGCCUCUGUGGUAACAAUCGGAAUUUUCCGUACCCAAUUACGGAAUUUCACGGUCGAUUUGUUUGAGUAACGUUAAUAGCCGAAGAACACCGAAGUAGGAUACUGAGAUUAUUUGUUCCAAACAACAAAUUUUCAGUUGUGGUAGCUCUGUACGAAUUUUAUAUACCUUACUUACUUAAUACCAUGCUAUAUACAUAAACGGCAAGGGAAUUCUUUAAUUAAAGUAUUUAUGUAUGUAA